CGUGUUGAUUUUAAGCGGAGAAAUAAUUUAUUUAUAAACUGACGCAAGGGCGCUAAAUCUAAAAUAAACCAUGAAUAAAAUGUGAAAUUACAUAUAUAUUCUGGUGAAGCAGCUGCACGCAUGAAAGGUUAGAUCAUAAACUAAUAAACUCGUUACGUUAGCGUCAGGUAGCGUUAAAUGGAAAGUACUGGGGAAAAUGACUUGCUAACACUGCCGAAUUAUGGCGCCCCGUAUACAAUUGGCGAAAGCAGCUUGGCGAUGGGUGGAGACGGUGAAACCAGAAGAAAUUAAACAGGAGCAUAUCGAGCUAGCAUAUCGAGUCAAUCUCCCGGCCUGCAAAAGAGGAACAUGCAGGAGGAACUGCAAAGGGAAUCCAAACUGUCUUGUGGGUAUUGGUGAACAGGCGUGGCUGGGAGAGAUUGAUGAAAAUGCUUUCCACAAUAUUGAUGAUCCAAAUUCAGAGCGAAGGGACAAGAACACAUUUGUUGGUCUGACCAACCUAGGUGCAACAUGUUAUGUCAACACAUUCCUGCAAGUAUGGUUCCACAAUUUAGAGCUGCGAAGGAGACUCUACCAGUGCCACAAUUCCCGAGCACAAGAACACAACAUUGAAUCUGAUUACGAACCUCAGUCCAUCUGUGAACAUCUGCAGUAUUUGUUUGCAUUGCUGCAAAACAGCAACAGAAAGUACAUAGAUCCUUCAGGGUUGGUGAAAGCACUGGGCCUGGACACAGGUCAGCAGCAGGAUGCACAGGAGUUUUCAAAGCUUUUCUUAUCGCUGUUGGAAGACACGCUGUCCAAGCAGAAGAACCCUAAUCUGCAGAAUGUAAUCCAGCGGCAGUUCUGUGGACAAUUCUCCUAUGUUACAGUUUGUAACCAGUGUGGACGAUCAUCAGCACUGCCGUCCCGAUUCUAUGAGUUGGAACUAAACAUCCAGGGCCACAAAAACCUCACAGAAUGCGUCACAGAGUUUCUGAAGGAGGAGAACCUGGAUGGGGAUAAUCGUUACUACUGUGAGAGCUGUCAGGGUAAACAGAAUGCCACCCGAAGGAUCAAACUGCACAGCCUUCCUCCCACCCUCAACCUGCAGCUCAUGCGCUUUGUUUUUGACAGACAAACGGGGCACAAGAAAAAGCUCAACACUUUCAUCAGUUUUCCAGAGCAACUUGACAUGGGCCCAUUCCUAGAAGGAAAUCAAGACCAGAACUGUGUUUAUGAGCUGAGUGCAGUGCUUAUCCAUCGGGGUAUCAGCGCCUACUCAGGUCAUUACAUAGCACAUGUGAAAGAUGCUCGUACUGGUGACUGGUACAAAUUCAACGAUGAGGAGAUUGAGAAGAUGGAAGGCAAGAAGCUGCAGCUUGGCAUUGAGGAGGACAUUGCUGAGACAGUGAAGUCUCAGACACGAAAACCAAAGUGCAGCAAAGGCUACCAUUGCUCCAGAAAUGCUUACAUGCUGGUGUACAAGGUCCAAGAAGCGGAGACCUCAGAUUCCUCCAGGAACAUUGUUGAGGUACCAGCCUUUCUUCAGAGGUUGGUGGACCAAGACAAUCACAAAUUUGAGGAGUGGUGCAGUGAGAUGGCCGACAUGAGAAAACAGAGUGUAGACAAAGGCAAAGCCAAACACGAGGAGGUGAAAGAACUCUAUGAGCUUUUACCCGCAAUGGACGGUGGACCAUAUGAGUUCAUCCCUCUGGAGUGGCUGAAGAAGUGGCUGGACGACUCCACCGCAACAAAAGAAAUUGAUAACUCCCUCUUUCUUUGUUGUCACAACAAAUUGCAUCCGGAUAAGGUGGGCGAUUCCAAGAGAGUCUCACUGCAGGCUGCUGAGCUACUCUACAAGCGCUAUGGUGGAGGUCCACGACUGGACAACUCCUCUAUGUGUAGAGUGUGUGUUGGCCAGCGGUGUAGAGUGCUACGGUUGAAGAACCAGCUAAAUGAAGAUUACAAAGAAGUUUCCAAUCUAAUCAAGCGCACCCUCAGCGGUGAGGGCUACUGGGUGGGUAAAGCAUCUCUGCGUUCCUGGAGGCAACUGGCUUUGGAGCAGCUAGAGGAAGAUGAGCAUGAAACCAAGCACAGUAAUGGGCAAACAAACGGACAGGGACCACACACUAACAACAGCAAAGAGUUUCUUCCAGAGCUCUCUGAAGUCAAUGAGGAUGAGAUGAGAACUUUCAAUGAAGACAUCGUCUGCAGUCAUGGGAAUCUGAGUAUUGCGGAAACUGAACGAAAGCUGGUAUCUUCUGAAGUUUGGACUAAACUAAGAGCAUACUUCCCUAAAGCCCCAGAAUUUACACAAAACCAAGAGUCCUGUCAGCAGUGCUUAACAUUGGAGCAGGAGGAAAAGGACAAUGAGGCAGUAAGUAAGAUGAUGGCCCUAGACCAGAAGAACCAACUGCUCAACCUCUUCCAUGAGAAGAAUCGUCCGAUUCUUACUAAGUGGCCUCAGGAUACAGAUGUACUUUACAUAGUCCCUCUAUAUUUUGUGGAUGAGUGGAAAAAAUUUAUCAGGAGGCCGACAAAAUCGUCUCCAGUGUCUAAUGUUGGCAACGCCUUGCUGCUCUGUCCCCAUGGAGGCUUCAUGUUCACCUAUGACUCCCUAAUAAACGGAGAUGCACAACAUGUAGCUUUGCUCUGGCCCAGCGAAUGGGAAGUGAUCAGCAGACUCUUCAUUGUUGAUCAGCCAAUUUCCAUCCACUGCUUCAAACAAACCACACCAAGUGGUCCCACUGCUGAAUACACCACUCAGCCUGAUCUUUGCUGGGAGUGCAGAGAGGGCUUUCUUUUUCAGCAGCAGAGGGACCUUAGAGAAUAUACUCAAGCAACCAUCUACAUCCGAAAAGUUGUAGAAGACAAGAUGAUGAUGAAGGAAGUGGCUCCAGAGAUGAAUGCCAGCAGUUCAGAGGCGGAAGAGGAAAAAGAAGAUCAGCCAAAGAUGGACGGAGAGAAAGACCCAGACUUCAGCCAAGUGAGUUCAUCGUCGUGCAUAGUGAACAAAGUCGUGGAACCACAUGAGAUUGUGUUGUGUUUUUUUCAGUCACAAGACAGUGCAAAGCGGCUCAAGCUGAAUGACAAUAGCAUUGCAAAAUUAGCAGUUGCUGCUCCUGUGAGUAAUUCGACCAAACUAGGAGGAAUCCGGAGAAGCACGCGGCACAGGAAGCUCCGUGGAGAGAAAGCACUCAUUGUUUCAGCUAAUCAGACACUCAAAGAACUGAAAAUACAGAUUAUGCACGCCUUCUCCGUGGCACCAUUUGACCAGAACCUCUCUAUUAAUGGAAAAUGUCUGACCGAUGACUCUGCAACACUAGGCAGUCUGGGUGUCAUCCCCGAGAGUAUCAUCUGUCUCAAGGCUGAUGAGCCAAUAGCAGACUAUGCUGCGAUGGAUGAUGUCUAUCAGGUGAGAAUGCCUGAAGAGGGAUUUAAAGGCACUGGGCUUCUCGGGCACUGAGGAAAAUUGUUCUGUAGCAACGCUUGAAUUGGACAGACGACAGACGUGUUUUGGGGGAGGCUUAAAUUUGUUAACUGUUCAUAUAUAAAUAAGUGCUUUAAUUUGUUUUUUACAUUUUGAGUAGGGGUUCUUUAAUAAAACUGUGACUAUGUUGCAAAGCCACUGUUUUUCUCUGAACAAGAUAAGCUGGCUUUUGAUAUUUAAAUCUUUCUGAAGGACUCAGUGGAGUUAGUGCUUCUAGUCUGCCUGUUGAAAACUGGUUGACACUGAGUGAGUUGGUUUGGCUUGAAAAGAAAUUUUACUGUUACUUAUGAAAAUAAGUUUUGUUUUUUACUCUUUUAAAUUAUAGCAGAUGAAAAUUUCAACAUAAUGUUCUUUCUUUCCAUUAUGUGAAAGCUUGUGUUCUACCUGCUGAGUUUUCAGGUUUGUCCACAGAAUGCGCGACUAAUCGUUAAAUAUUACAUAUAUAACUGCUCUUUAAUGUUAGAACAUUUAUUACCUCUACAGAAAAUCUAUAUCCAUAUUACUCCAUGUGGCAUUUACAGUUCAAUAGCUGCACUGUAUGUAUAGAGGCAGAUUCCUGCAAAUGUUUCAGCUGCAUAAACCUUGUCAAAUGGAAGCGACAACCAGAAUGCAAGCAAUGAUAUGGUCGCUUGUUUUCAGUUAUUUCUUAUGGACAAUAAAGUUAUUUUCAAAGCAGUUCUGUGCUGAUACACUUGAAAUUAAUACACUAAAUAAAACCAAUAAAACUGGCAAAUGGUAUGUGG